UGAAGGUGAUGGUCGCCAUCUAAAGGAUAUUUACCUAAAAGAAAACAAAGCAUUUCCCCCUUCAAUCAACUCUACGUUAGGAAUCAGACUUCACCAAGUUUGAGGUCAAGUUCGCAUAUAAUCAUGUGACUGGCUAUAUCAGUUGAAUGGCUGUAUUCUUGAACGUUCCAGACCAAACCACCACCAGCAGCUAGCUUUUUGACGUUAAAUUCCUCCCAUGUUGGCCAUGAAAGAGCCUAGCUGGCCAUGAAAGAGCCUAGCUUGUGAAGGGCACUUGGGCUGACGUGCUGGCCUUUUCCUACAUAGUUUCAAAUUCCUCCAUCACAUAACCGCAAUAUUCUAUACAUUGCUACGCCGUUCUCACCAGCAAGCAUGUUCCAAGCGAGAAACAGGCAACCAAAUAACUACUACGUCCGUACCUACGGCUCUUCAUCCAUGGAUGUUGGUUUCUCAAACACCUGACAGGAGCCAUGCCGGUGAAGGUUAUAACCUUAACGGGAGCACCCCGUCCCAGUGCGCUAAAAUGGGAUGUUUCAGAGCUACUGAACGAGUGCUGGUUUUGCCUCCUUGGUUCUGGUGAUGGACGCGGUACCACAGAAGCGGGCCCGGUGCGUUGGCGGCGCAUUGAGCAAGGCAAGCGUCAUUAUGGCUUCCCAGGAGAACAUGACGAAGUUGAUGAGAACCAGGAUGAUGAGAAUAUUGACUAUGAAGGCACGGAGUUCUUCGCGCAGGGUGGUGCAAUUGAGAGACAUACUGGAUUACAGGCGACACUAGAUAUUGAGGUGGAGGCUGGGUCAGAAUUCUACGAUCAUUCCUUUGCAGUGCAUGAAGGGGGCGGAGACUCUAUUUUGCUGAGCGGGAUGGAUUCGUUUUCCACAGAAUCCAACUUCGAGACUACCGUGGACGAUAUCAGUAUAGUCAGCGCUGCGAACCAGUCGACAGAGGAUCAUGACACUGACAGCCAUCAGCAUCCCCUGCCGCCCCCUUUACGUGGACAUUUGAGUGAUCUAAGAGAUAUCCCCAGCGCGGCGUAUCUCCAUUCGAUCUCCCCUCGGAUGAUCCCUAUCAAUCUGAUCGUGGCAAUAAUCACGAUAUACCCGCGCAAACGUGUGCGAACUCGUUGGGGAGACGAGACCGAUGUUGUCGAGUUAGUGGUGGGCGAUGAAACAAGGUCAGGAUUCCAGAUCACUUGCUGGUUGUCCCUAAAGGGAGGCGAGUCGGGGGAUGGUGCGAAGCAAGGCCUUGAUGGGUCGAUACGCGGGUUACGCCCGCGAGAUAUCGUUCUAUUCCGGUCUGUGGCACUCAAUAGCUUUCGGGGUAAAGUAUAUGGUCAGAGCUUGAAGGAUAACAUGACGAAAGUUGAUCUUCUACAUCGCGCGCCGAUUGACCCUAGUGAUGAACAGGGCCUGUUUACCGCCCAGACCCUUGCCGAUCGAACGAGCGAUUCUCACCCGCAGUUAGUGAAGGUACGCAGAGUCAGAGAUUGGAUUUUGGAUUUUAUCAGCCCUCAUAUUUACGGAAAGGUCGACCAGUCGUCAAUUCGACCUGGGGUGCCAGGGGAUGAACCGUGUCUCCCACCGGAUACCCAAUAAGCCAUAACUGAAUGUUUUCCCGAAAAACCAGAUUUAUGUCAUAGACAAUAAAUAAACUUUAGGUCCACUGUGAAACUGAAUGUUGUGCUCGACUUCGGCAUGGUUUCACCUCACACUUCCCCAGUUUGCUGCCCUAAGCCAUGCAAGUCGAAAGAUCCCUACAUAAUCAUAGGAUGCCAGGAACGUGGUUGAUUAAUUAUUAUUUCGCGGAGGUUCUCUUCAGGUGUCUUGGUCAUGGGAUUGAAGCCAACAAUAUUGAAGAGUGCCAAUUUUCAGGGAAGUGCAGUUAUGGUUUAACUAAAUUUUUUUGGAUGGGAUAUCCAGAGCCUUGUCGCUGGCGCAAAAAAGUUUCUACUAGUUAUUUCUACUGAAUUAAGAGAGAGGAAAAAAAAAAAAAAAAAAAAAAAAA